AAUAGAAUUAGUGGAGGAAAAAAAAAUUGCAGAAUUUCAAGCAGCCUUUUUUUUUGCUGUUGUUUUUGUUUAAAACCGCGUUCAGGGCGUUAAUCGGAAAGCAAGUGGCGAGUGACAGUGUCAUCCUGCUGUUUCAGGUCAAUUUCAUUUGAAGGGAUUCUUGUCUUUGCACUGGAUUUAGUGUCAAAUUGAAACCUUCCAAAUAAAUCUCUGGGAGAUUGCACAAGAUCAGACAGAAGAAUUCUUUUCUUGAAAAACCUUGAUUUCAAAGAUGUUGAAACGGAAGCAAAGUUCAAGAGUGGAGAGUCAGCCUGUUACAGACUUUGGACCUGAUGAGAUGCUUACAGACAAUGCUGAUAUUUUGUGGAUCAACAAGCCGUGGGUUCACUCUUUGCUGCGAGUUUGUGCCAUCAUCAGCGUUAUUUCCGUCUGCAUGAACACUCCCAAGACAUUUCAGCACUAUCCACCUCUUCAGUAUGUGACGUUUGCCUUGGACACGCUCCUGAUGUUUCUGUACACUUCCGAGAUGAUUGCAAAGAUGCACAUUCGUGGCAUAGUCAAGGGUGACAAUUCAUAUGUGAAAGACCGAUGGUGUGUGUUUGAUGGGUUCAUGGUCUUCUGUCUCUGGGUGUCUCUUGUAUUACAGGUCUUUGAAGUGGCUCAGAUAGUUGACCAGAUGUCACCUUUAAGCAUGCUGCGGAUCCCACGACCACUCAUCAUGAUUCGAGCAUUCCGAAUCUAUUUUCGGUUUGAGCUUCCACGCACUCGGAUUACAAACAUCCUGAAGCGAUCAGGAGAACAGAUUUGGAGUGUGUCCAUUUUCCUGCUGUUCUUUCUGCUGUUGUAUGGAAUUUUAGGAGUUCAGAUGUUUGGCACGUUCACCUACCAUUGUGUUACCAAUGAUACACAGCCAGGCAAUGUGACCUGGAAUAACUUGGCUAUCCCAGACACCCACUGCUCACCAGAUGGAGAGGGAUACCAGUGCCCGCUGGGAUUUAAAUGCAUGGACCUUGAAGACCUUGGACUUACCAGACAAGAGCUGGGCUACAGUGGAUUUAAUGAGUUAGGCACCAGUAUCUUCACUGUUUAUGAAGCUGCCUCACAGGAAGGCUGGGUGUUCUUCAUGUAUCGGGCAAUUGACAGCUUUCCACGAUGGCGUUCAUACUUCUAUUUCAUCACUUUGAUCUUCUUCCUGGCCUGGCUCGUUAAGAAUGUAUUCAUUGCAGUUAUCAUAGAGACAUUUGCAGAAAUCAGAGUACAGUUUCAGCAGAUGUGGGGACCACGAAGCAGUACCACCUCCACAGCCACUACACAGAUGUUUCAUGAAGAUGCAGCUGGUGGAUGGCAGCUGGUAGCAGUAGACAUGAAUAAGCCCCAAGGUAGAGCCCCAGCAUGCUUGCAGAAAAUGAUGCAAUCUUCCAUUUUCCACAUGUUCGUUCUGAGUAUGGUUGCUGUUGAUGUCACUGUGGCUGCCAGCAAUUACUACAAGGGAGAGAAUUCCAGGAGUCAGUAUGAUCUGUUUUAUCUGGCAGAGGUGGCUUUCACAAUCUUGUUUGACCUGGAGGCUCUUGUGAAAAUCUGGUGCUUGGGAUUCACUGGUUACAUUAGCUCCUCCCUUCACAAAUUUGAACUACUGCUGGUGGUGGGGACAACUCUGCACAUUUAUCCAGACCUCUACCACUCGCAGUUUACAUACUUUCAGGUGCUGAGGGUUGUCAGACUGAUUAAAAUCUCACCAGCACUGGAGGACUUUGUCUACAAAAUAUUUGGGCCUGGAAAAAAGCUUGGCAGUUUGGUGGUCUUCACAGCCAGUCUUUUGAUUGUGAUGUCUUCCAUUAGCCUUCAGAUGUUCUGUUUUGUGGAGGAACUCGACAGAUUUACAACAUUUCCCAGGGCUUUUAUGUCCAUGUUCCAGAUUAUUACACAGGAAGGAUGGGUUGACGUAAUGGAUCAAACUUUGAUCGCCGUAGGACAUGUAUGGGCACCAGUAGUCGCCAUUUAUUUCAUCUUGUACCACCUAUUUGCAACAUUGAUUCUGCUGAGUCUAUUUGUUGCUGUUAUUCUGGACAAUCUGGAGUUGGAUGAAGAUCUGAAGAAACUGAAACAGCUUAAACAGAGUGAAGCCAAUGCUGACACCAAAGAAAAGCUUCCACUUCGUUUACGGAUCUUUGAAAAGUUCCCAAACAGACCACAGAUGGUGAAGAUAUCAAAAUUGCCGUCAGAUUUUUCAGUUCCCAGAAUAAGAGAAAGUUUUAUGAAGCAGUUCAUUGAUCGUCAACAGCAAGACACAAGUUGUUUGCUCCGUAGGUUGCCUUCAGCUUCAUCAUCAUGUGACCAUUCCAAACGGUCUUGUAUCGAAGAUAACAAGUAUAUAGAUCAGAAGUUGCGAAGAUCCGUUUCCAGUAUCUGUGCCCGGAAUCUUCUUGAAAAGGAAAAUGCUGUAAAUAAAAUCCUCAGGGCCUGUACUCGGCAGCGAAUGUUGAGUGGAUCCUUUGAAGGACAGCCUGCAAAAGAGCGCUCCAUUCUAAGCGUCCAGCAUCAUAUCCGUCAGGAACGCAGGUCCCUCCGACACGGUUCAAGCAGUCAGAGAAUCAGCAGAGGGAAAUCAUUGGAAACACUGACACAAGAUCAUUCCAGCACAGUACGCUAUCGAAAUGCUCAAAGGGAAGACAGUGAAAUAAAGAUGAUUCAGGAAAAAAAGGAACAAGCUGAAAUGAAACGCAAGGUUCAAGAAGAGGAGUUACGUGAAAAUCAUCCUUAUUUUGACAAGCCUCUCUUUAUAGUUGGCCGCGAGCACAAAUUUAGAACGUUCUGCCGCCUGGUCGUGAGGGCUCGAUUCAAUGCAUCCAAGACUGAUCCAAUUACAGGAGCAGUAAAAAAUACCAAGUAUCAUCAAUUGUAUGAUUUACUUGGAUUGGUCACGUAUCUCGACUGGGUGAUGAUUGUCGUUACAAUCUGCUCAUGUAUAUCCAUGAUGUUUGAAACGCCUUUUACAACAGUUAUGCACACACCUACUUUGCAGAUAGCUGAGUACGCCUUUGUAAUUUUCAUGAGCAUUGAGCUGAAUCUAAAGAUCUUGGCAGACGGCCUAUUCUUCACACCUACUGCUGUCAUAAGGGAUUUCGGAGGAGUGAUGGACAUCUUUAUUUACCUUCAAAGUUUGAUCUUUCUGUGGUGGAUGCCACAUAAUGUUCCUGCCAAAUCUGGAGCACAGCUCCUGAUGAUGCUUCGGUGCCUGAGACCACUCCGUAUAUUUAAAUUAGUCCCGCAGAUGAGGAAAGUUCUCCGGGAAUUAUUCAGUGGUUUCAAAGAGAUAUUUCUGGUUUCAAUCCUUUUGCUGACACUAAUGCUGGUUUUCGCAAGCUUUGGUGUGCAGCUUUUUGCUGGAAAACUUGCAAAGUGCAAUGACCCACACAUCACUCGACGGGAGCUUUGUCAUGGCAUGUUCAGGAUCAACGUCAGUGUCUCAAAGGAUCUCAACUUGAAGUUAAAGGCGGGUGAGAAAAAGCCAGGCUUUUGGGUGCCUAGAGUUUGGGCCAACCCACGUAAUUUCAAUUUUGACAAUGUUGGAAGUGCAUUGCUGGCUUUAUUUGAAGUGCUGUCAUUAAAAGGCUGGGUGGAGGUUAGGGACGUCAUCAUUCACCGAGUGGGCCCAAUUCAUGGCAUCUACAUCCAUGUCUUUGUGUUCCUCGGCUGCAUGAUUGGACUGACGCUCUUCGUUGGAGUUGUCAUCGCUAAUUUCAAUGAAAACAAGGGCACUGCCUUACUGACUGUAGACCAGAGGAGGUGGGAGGAUUUGAAAAGUCGGUUAAAGAUUGCCCAACCACUGCAUCUUGCAGCUCGUCCUGACAAUGGUGGCUUCAGAGCUAAAAUGUAUGAUAUAACUCAACACCCAUUCUUCAAGAGAAGUAUCGCAGUCCUCGUCCUUGCCCAGUCUGUGCUGCUUUCAUUGAAGUGGGACGUUGACAAUCCUGUUACAGUUCCUCUGGCGACAAUGUCAGUCAUUUUCACCUUUAUUUUUGUCCUUGAGGUAACGAUGAAGAUCACAGCCAUGUCACCAUCAGGUUUCUGGCAAAGUAGACGGAAUCGUUAUGACCUGUUAGUGACAUCACUUGGUGUAAUAUGGGUUGUGUUACACUUUGCUUUACUUAAUGAAUAUACAUACGUGAUGGGAGCCUGUGUAAUUGUGUUCAGGUUCUUUUCCAUUUGUGGAAAGCAUGUGACAUUGAAGAUGUUGUUACUGACAGUGGUUGUCAGUAUGUAUAAGAGCUUUUUUAUUAUAGUGGGAAUGUUCCUGCUGCUUAUCUGUUACGCUUUUGCCGGAGUUGUUUUGUUUGGAACUGUGAAAUACGGGGAGAACAUCAACAGACAUGCAAAUUUCUCCUCUGCUGGGAAAGCCAUCACAGUUUUAUUCCGCAUUGUUACAGGGGAAGACUGGAAUAAGAUUAUGCAUGACUGCAUGGUUCAGCCACCUUUCUGUACUCCUGAUGAUGAGAAUUACUGGGAGACAGAUUGUGGAAACUACGCUGGAGCUCUGAUGUAUUUCUGUUCCUUUUAUGUCAUCAUUGCCUAUAUCAUGUUAAAUCUACUUGUUGCUAUCAUUGUAGAAAAUUUUUCAUUGUUUUACUCAACUGAAGAGGAUCAACUGCUGAGCUACAAUGAUCUUCGACAUUUCCAAAUAAUUUGGAAUAUGGUAGAUGACAAAAGAGAGGGAGCAAUCCCAACCUCCCGUGUGAAGUUCUUACUGCGUCUGUUACGUGGGAGACUGGAGGUUGACUUGGAGAAAGACAAGCUGCUUUUCAAGCACAUGUGCUAUGAGAUGGAGAGGCUGCACAAUGGAGGAGACGUCACGUUUCAUGACGUGCUGAGCAUGCUGUCAUACAGAUCAGUGGACAUCAGGAAAAGCCUUCAGCUUGAAGAACUGUUAGCAAGAGAGCAGCUUGAAUACACGAUAGAAGAAGAGGUAGCAAAACAAACAAUACGAAUGUGGCUGAAGAAAUGUUUGAAACGCAUUAGAGCAAAACAGCAACAAUCCUGUAGCAUCAUCCACAGUCUGCGAGAGAGUCAACAGCAGGAGUUAAGCAGGUUCCUUAUUCCCCCCAGCAUCGAGACAACUCAAGCCAGCGAAGAAAUGCUCGCCAGUAAUCAAGAUAAUGAAGCUGCUCCUGAGUCCAGUAGUCAACAGCAGCUGCUCAGCCCAACACACUCAGACAGAGGUGGUUAUCGAUCCGACUCCGCCGAUAUCGGAAAGCCGCAAAGAAAAUUUGGUCAGUGGCGUCUUCCAUCAGCUCCGAAACCCAUCAGCCACUCUGUGUCGACGGUGAAUCUGCGAUUCGGAGGUCGUACAGCCAUUAAAUCGGUUAUGUGUAAAAUUAACCCAAUGUCGGAUGCUGCCUGUUCUGGUUCAGAUGUUAAGAAAUGGUGGACCCGACAACUCACUGUGGAAAGUGACGAGAGUGCGGACGACCUCUUGGAUAUAUAACAUUAAGUGGAGUUCUCUUUAAAGCCGGCAAGGAACCAAAUCACUGAAGGGAAUGAAGACUUUCAAUGUCAUGCCAGAAUCCAACAUCCGAUGUCCUUCACACUGGAAAGUGCCAGGUCACUGAUGAAACAGCGCAUCUGCACAAGCUUCGAGGGGCACUGCAAACCGGAGGAGCACAAUUUCAUCAUUGACUUUACACCGUUUGUCCAUCGGAUUGUGCCAAAUGUUUGAGGUGUUUGGGGACAGGAGGGGCGAGAGUUGUGGUUGCUGGGGUGUGAGUGAUAGGUUUAUCAUUAUUGUGGGCCUCUAUUGUGAUUUGCCAAGUGGGAGAGGGGGGGUGGAAAUGUGGAAAGGGAGAAGAGGGGUGAGGUAUAGGACUCAUUGUGACUCUUUGAAAGAGCUAUCCCAUGAGCUGAAUGGUCUCAUUCCCUGAUUUUCGGAUGUGUUUUUGCUCACAGCAUUCAGUAGAAAACAGCAGAAGAAACACAUCCUCUGGGUUUCCAGAGCUGGAUUAACUUUGCCACCAUGUAGUAUUGUGGAUCACAGUCAUCAAAUUUGCCUCCUCUGACUGGAUGUAUUACUGGAGGUUUUAGCACAUGAUCUCUCACCUCCAAGCACCACCCCCACCUUCCUAUCACUGCCUAGAAGGAUAAUCAAGCAUAGUAAUAGUAAGGUUUGUAAAUGAAUGGACUAACCAUAGCAGAGCUCCAGUUUGAAUUACACUAGAUGAGUCAGAACAGUAUAUGGCAUUCUCAUGUUUUAUUGGUUAUUUCUUCUGGGCGGUCAACCAAGACCUCCACCCAGUCACCCCGCCUUCCCCACAGCCAUCAGUGAACCUGCUCACUUGUCACUGUCAAAUGGAUAACUGUUAAUGUUCCUAAAGUGUUAUUAGGAAAUGCCUUUUUUUAAAAAAAUGCCUCUAUUUUUUUUUCUCCUGGAUUUUUCUCCCAGCACCAACUCGGUGAUUUAAUCAUCACUUCCUGAGACUCCCAGGUCAUCCUGGACACUCAACAUUGAACACUACCUUCCUGUAUGGAUUGUUGUCAAGCUAUUGACAUUCAGAUUUGAUUUUAAAAAAAAGAGUUUGACCUCAUUACAGUAUAGAUUUUAAAACCUAUUUAUGUGCUUUGCCGCCCUCUGGUGUGGAACAUUGUUGAGUGCAAUAUCUUAAAAAGUCACAACCAAAGAGGGAACAUAUUUGCAACUCCUAGACAGACUGUAAGCCAUAACUACUUCAACAAGGAUUAAUCUUAAUUUGAUACUUGUGGAAUUUAAGUUUUCAUUCUUGUAAAUGUAUUGAAUGUAAAACUUAUGUAGAAAUGUCAUGUGUGAAUCUUGGUUGGAUUCUCAUCCGUCAGUAUGAGUUAAAAUGAAAUUUCAACAUUUCGUGCCUUUACUAAAUGUUCAUGUCUGGUCAAACCAUACUUGUUGAUUUGAAAAUUAUUUCUGAAGUGAAUAUUUCUAGUUGUUUUUAAUGUUAUUACACAAUAACCUGUACUUGCCUAAUAUUGGUUUCUGUGUUUUUCUGACAUUAUUGCCAUUGCUAAUCAAGAAACUGAGACGCUGCCUAACCUGCUGUGCUUUUCCAGCACCACACUCCAACUCUGAUAUCCAGCAUCUGCAGUCCUCACUUUC